CGAUUUCGAUUUUUUGAAAUUUCUUUUGAGAAAAACAAAAAUGGCUCAAUCGUGUCUUAAAAUUGUUCGAAUCAACAAUCUAAGGAACAGAGUGAAUCGUCGGAUUUUGAUUCUCCGACGAUUCACACGGUUGUUAUGGAGUAGAAUCGUUGCUUGUACUCCUGGCAAAUCUCGGAGAUAUCUCUUGCUUUCUCGCGCUGUUCCGUCUCCGAUUGUUUCUCGUCCCUCUCCUCCUCCUCCGAUUCCCGCCGUCGAUGUCGUCGUCGUCGGUGGUGGUGGUGGUGAGUUCGUUCGUCGUUCAUCAGUUGUCUACGACAACGAUAACAGUCAUCGGAGAUCGGAUUCUGAUUUGGUAUCUUUGAAGAUCAGCCUCUUAGGAGAUCCAGAAAUCGGAAAAACUAGCUUCCUGGCGAAAUAUGUUGGAGAAGAGAAAGAAGUGGAAAUGAGAGAAUUGGAGAAAGGGAUAAAUUGUACGGACAAGACGUUAUACAUGGGAGGUGCUCGCAUUUCAUAUAGUAUUUGGGACUUAGAAGGAGCUGAGAGAUCACGAGAUCAAAUCCCUGUGGCUUGCAAGGACUCUGUUGCUAUUCUCUUUAUGUUUGAUCUUACCAGUCGUUGCACGCUUAAUAGUGUCAUUAGCUGGUAUCAACAAGCUAGGAAGUCUAAUCAGACGGCAAUACCAGUUAUGGUAGGAACCAAGUUUGAUGAGUUUAUUCAGCUUCCGAUUGAUCUGCAAUGGACUAUUGCUAGCCAGGCGAGAACAUAUGCGAAGGCUUUAAACGCGACGCUCUUCUUCUCGAGUGCUUCAUACAACAUAAACGUGAAUAAGAUCUUCAAGUUUGUGACCGCGAAGCUCUUCGACUUACCAUGGACAGUGGAGCGUAAUCUCACAAUUGGAGAACCAAUCAUCGACUUCUAGAAUAUGUAUUUGUAUAUAAUAUAAAAGAAGCGAAUCCCGAAGAAAGCGUUUUGUUUUUU